AAGAGUAGCCAGUGCUCUUAACUGCUGAGCCAUCUCUCAAGCCCCAUAAAUCUUAUUUUAAUUCCCCUGUUCUUGUACAAUACAAGCACAAAUGUGAGGGUUUUGCCUGUUACAUUUUACUAGUUGUGGAGACUGAAUCCAGGGCUUUCUGCUGUUGCGUAAGUGUUCUACCACUGACCUAUACGUCCCGGUUAGAGAUGGUUGUAAACUGCCAUGUGAAUGCUCCAUCCUCUGGAGGAGCAGCAAGUGCUCUUAACCACUGAGCCAUCUUCAAGCCUCUGCUUUUUAAACUUCAAGUGUCUCUAAGUGUCCCAGAUUCACACUGAAUUCACGCAGACAGGGCUUGAAUUUGUGAUUAUCCUUCCUUAAUUUCUAGAGUAGCUGGAGCUACAGGCCUUUGUGAUAUAAUCCAGGAUGGUAUUAAACUCACAGUGUAGCUCAAGUUAGUUUUAAACUUGUCAUCCUGCUUCAGCCUUCCAAGUGCUGGGAUUGAAUUUGUGAACCACCAUGGCUAGUUUGAAAUGUCUAAUCCAGGUAUCAAGAUUCUACGUGACAGAAGAUCUGGGCUUUAAACCAAAUCAAACCCCUUUUGGCCUUCAUUUGGAAGGGCUCUGUUGGUAGGGUGUUUGCCUAGCAUUUGUGAAGCCCUGGGUUUCAUGCCCAGCACCUCACACACUGGGCUUAGUGAUGCAGUUGUGUAGUCACAGCACUCAGGUGCAAGCAGAGGAAUUAGAAGUUCAAGGUCAUCCUCAGCUACAUAGGAAGUUGGAGGCCAGCCUGGGUUCUGCUGUUUUGCUUCCAGGCCCAUCUCUACUUUGGAAUCCUUUACCUCCAUCCCUUCCUCAUAUUCUCAUCACUUUCCUUGAUUUGAUGGGGUUUUGUUUUUUGUGUUUGUUUGUUUGAGACAGGGUUUCUCUGUAACUUUGAAGCCUGUCCUGGAACUCACUCUGUAGAUCACGCUGGCCUGGUCUCCCAGAGAUCCACCUGCUUCUGCUUCCCAAGUGCUGGGACUAAAGGUGUGCACCGCCAUUUGGUGAUAUUUUUAUGUGUUCAAAGACUUACUUAUUUUGUGGAGACAGUCCCAAUGUGCUGCCCAAGCUGGCUUUAGACUCUUCAAUCAAGCGAUAUUCCUGCUCGAGCCCCCCUCUUACAUGCCCACUCCCAGUGGCUGGGAUGCAGGCACCUUCCACUCUGUCUAUCUACCAAUGACAUCCUUUACUUUCCUUAUUGAGACCCUUAAUGGGUGUUGCUGGAGUUUCCUACUCAAGCAUCUAUCUUACAAGUAAGUUCUGGCCUAGUCCAUUGUUGUACCCUAUGUGCCUAAAAGCCUCUUACUCACUGAAAGCACCUCAGGUGAUGAAUCGCCACAGUGUCAUCUGUCUAAACUCCAAGUCAUGACUGCUUGGCUGCUGAAGUGGAGAACCCUGAAGGUGGGCAUUCCACCUGGAUCAUACCAACACUGUGUUGUUCCAUAAUAUAGUUCAUUUACUGUUUGUCCGCCCAAAGGUUUGUGUGUGAGAAGGUUGGUCUCCAGUGUGAUGGUAUUGAAAGAUGGUACCUUCUUAAGAGCUAGUUCCUGAAGGAAGAUGAUUACCUGGCUUUUCCUGGGGUGUGGUGUUAUCUUUCUUGUACAAAGAAAAGCCUGUCUGAAGGUCAGAAAAUGGAGCUUGCCACUACCUAACCCACAGAGGUCUGAAGGUAUUUCUGUUCACACCAGAUGAGAGGAAAGGGUAGAAAGAGACCUUUCAGGUCCAGCUUGGUGAAGCCAGUGAUUUUAUUGAGUUACCUACAGAAGCAUGGGUGGCUCCAGGAGCUGCCAUCGGCAGAAGGCUCCUUGGACAUAGUUGAGAAACUGACUGCACUGUGAGGCAAUCCCAGCAGACUGGAGGGGUGACUGGUCAGCAGGUGGAUGUUUGUAGUGGGAGGCCACCUGGAUGGACAGCUGCAUGGACAGAAGCUGAACUCAGGCUUGCCGGCAUUUUGCUUGUCUUGGAUAUGGAAUUCUGAAAGCACAAGAGGGCAGACCCAACAGUGUUGAGAGCUCUGAGCCACCUUUGGGUAGGUUUGGCUAAUCUCAUCCCCAGGGUCAAGAUCCAAACUGCUCAAAGAAAACCCUGGUCAUCGAAGAGGCCGCCGGGAGGCAGCAGAGGUUUACAGGAUGCGCCUGACUUUGCUGGUCUUAGUAUGUUAUGGCACCCCAUAAUUUCCCUCUUACAGUGUAUUAACUGUCCUAACAGUUUUUAAGGAACCCAGGCUGACUGUAAUCAGAAUUAGACCAUGUUCGCUUAGACUCCGCUGGCCAUUGACUCUCAGAUUGGUGUUAAUUUUUUUCCUGCCUGAAUCUUACUGCCUGUCACAUCCAGGAACCCCGGAAGGCUACGCCCAGGCUGUCCCCAGCGAGGAUGCACAGCCACGAAAAGGCUUUUAGGACAGACCUUCAGAGUCACCAGUGCACGCCUCGCCUCUCCCGGGUCCCCCAGCAGUUUGACCUUUUUAUGAAUGGCACUUUGGGUCUCAAAACGAAAACCACUCCCUGUGGUUCCCGCAUCUUCCCCAACAGGGCAAGAAGACCUGUUUCCGGCCAGGCGAGGGGAGCGGUCUUUUCUGUGACUUGGGGGCCUGUGGGCAGGUGACAGGAGGCGGAGGUGGAGGCCGCGCAGGGCCCGCCCCCACCGCGCUCUCCUACACGGGAAGUGAUGUGGGGCCGGACGGAAAAAACCGCCAAGCACCCCAAAAAGGUCAGUCGCUUGGGGUCUCAAGCUCCGUGGAAGGGAGUCCGAAGAGACUGACCACCGCGGGGACGCAACACUUUGAGGACCUAGCAUUGCAGGAACGCAACACGCGGGGACAGCACAGAGACAGAGCACCAAACCGGGUGAAGCACAGAGCCCUUCAUCAUGUCGGAUGGGGAUUAUGAUUACCUCAUCAAGUUUUUGGCCUUGGGAGACUCUGGAGUGGGGAAGACCAGUGUGCUUUACCAGUAUACAGAUGGAAAAUUCAACUCCAAAUUCAUCACCACAGUGGGCAUUGAUUUCAGGGAAAAGAGAGUGGUGUACAGAGCUAAUGGACCAGAUGGUGCUGUGGGCCGAGGCCAGAGAAUCCACCUGCAGUUAUGGGACACGGCAGGGCAGGAGAGGUUUCGUAGCUUGACCACUGCAUUCUUCAGGGAUGCUAUGGGUUUCCUGCUACUGUUCGACCUGACGAAUGAGCAAAGUUUCCUCAAUGUCCGAAACUGGAUAAGCCAGCUACAGAUGCAUGCGUACUGUGAAAACCCAGAUAUAGUGCUGUGUGGAAAUAAGAGUGACCUGGAAGACCAGAGGGCAGUGAAAGAGGAGGAAGCCAGGGAACUCGCAGAGAAAUAUGGAAUCCCCUAUUUUGAAACUAGUGCUGCCAAUGGGACGAACAUAAGCCAAGCCAUCGAGAUGCUCCUGGACCUGAUAAUGAAGCGAAUGGAACGGUGUGUGGACAAGUCCUGGAUUCCAGAAGGUGUGGUGCGAUCCAACGGCCAUACUUCUGCAGAUCAGCUAAGUGAGGAAAAGGAGAAGGGGAUAUGCGGCUGUUGAGAUGAUGUCAGGCGCAGUGCAAAUGGCCGCAGCACAAGGCUCCUGCUUGUGAGCUGUGCUGUAGAGAUCCAGCCAGCACGCUGGGAUGAACAGCACUGCAUUGAAGGCCAAUUGCUUCUCCUAGUCUCCAGUAGACAUUAACUCAGCAUCCAUUUGUAACUUGUUGCAGCUUUAUAUAUCCAAGAAUUGGGAGAACUAUUUCACAGAGCCAAAAGUGCCUUGUAAAGCCUAAGCCCGUGGUGGCAGGUCAUUUGGGGAAAUUCAAGAUUUUGCAUCCAGGAAAUGUUGCAUCUGUUAUGUAGAAUGCUGAUGGUACUGUCACCUGCUGUAACACGGAUAGACCUGGAGUCUCAUUAAAGACAUUAGGAUCUCUGUGCAAUGAAAGGCCAUCAUGGUCUUGAGAAUCCAGAUUUUAAAUUCCAUACCGCAGUUGACCACCUAGAACACCACUCACAAACACUUGAAUGUUAAUAUUAUGCACACAUUGGGUCAAUGUCUUUCAGCAUUACCUUUAAUGUAAGCCUUCCCUUUGACACAAUUCAUCAAAGGGAAAGAUUACAUUAAAAUACAACCACAUCUAUAGACUGAGUAGAUUGGGUUGACUGUGGCUUUGGUGGUGGUGGGAAGGGUUUGUAGGGCAGGGGUGGGUGAAGUAGUGGAAGCAAGUGAAGUCAGAUUUUUCUGGCUGUUGGCUUCAGGGUCAUGGAGACCUAGGUGUUUAUGAGUGGUCUGUAGGUUCAGGUCCACAUCCAAGCAUAGCGAGUGUUUCUGCUGUGUGCUCGGCAAGAAACAGUUCUCUUUCUCUUUUUUUUCCUUCAUAUUUAUUUUUUUUUUCUGGCACCUACAGGCUGCAGUUUCAAUUCCUUUGUAGACUACUAAUCUGACUUUACCAUCAGGCUGAGUGUUAUUGCUAUUUCCCAGUUUGCUUUCUCUCCCAUUAGUGUAAUUGAAGGAAUCUCUUUUUAAUUCAACCACAUGUUUAUUUUCUAUCUGGAGGGAGAGCAAUGUCUGUAUUUAAGCAGUCACGUGUGUAUUCUAGCUUAAGAAAAAUGUUUUGUAGCCUGUGCUUUCACUGGGGAUAUGGGUAUUUUAUGUACUUUCAGUAUCUUGCCAAGAUCAUGUGCUCUAUUGUCUCAGUAUCUUCAUGUCCAAAAAGAGUGGUUUAAAAUCUUCUUCGUAAAAUCUGUUUCUUCAGACCUAAGGUAUCUCAUUCAGAGCAAAAUUCUUUUAAAAAUGGGCUUAAAGAAAGUAACCAAAAUUUUCAAAGAACUUCACCAAGAGGAAAAAAAAAACCCACCAAUUAUAUAUAUUUGUUUUUGAG